GAUAAUUUUAUCUGCGCGUCGGAAACGGCCGGAAUUUUGUCGAAUCACAUUUAAAUAUAACAUGAAACGUUUAUGUGCUAAAAAUGUGCCUAAUUAAAGUGUUAAGUGAUAUUUUGGAAUAUCGUGUCAUGUAAAAUAAAGCCAGAGAUGUCGUUAAGAGCUCAGACGCUGGAAACCCCUUACCAGGGGUACCCAUACGUCUGCCCGCGAGUGACUGAGGCACCAUCGCUGAGUCCGGAGCAAGUGGCUGCCUUGGCCAAGUGGCAGAACCUGCCAAUACGACAAGCUGGUGUCGCCAAGACUGAAGGGAGCGAGGGGCCGGUAAGAUUGGUAUCAGAUGCCGUGCCGAGCCCCUCAAGUUCUGGAUCGAAGCAGAAGUCUGAAGACACGCCAGUGAUCUACGUGGAAGUCCCGGACGCCGGCGGGACAUCACAGACUGUGGGACAAGCUGGGCGGCCGGGACAGGCCAGCUCAUCGAAGCCAGCAGCGUCAGGGUUCAAGCAAGACACGGACCCUGAGCCGGUGAUAUAUAUCGACAUACCAGACAGCAACGGCAGUGGUGUCUCCCAGACAAGAGAGGAAGAUGGUGAACCAGCAUAUGUUCAGGAGACGAUAUUCUACGAUCCCUUCAAGGACAGGCGGAUCAACUUGCCGAGGGACUCCGACUCGGAGGGCGAAGCCUCCACCCCCAGGAGCCCCAGGCCUCCAGUGCCGACUACCCUGAACCUCGCUUCGCCAGGCUCAUCAGGUUAUUCAUCCUUCACAGCCACUUCGAGCAUCCCGCCUUACCUGAACAAGGAGACCUAUAUCUACGGGAGACAGCCGACUCCUGACGAUGGAUUCCCUCUCUCUCCCAUACCAGUGAGCGACUUCCCCGCCCCCCCACCUUCGUACCAGGAGGUCGAGCAGCAAACCGCUGCGGCUACUACUACUGAGCCCGUGGACCCGCCGAGGACUCAAGUUAUAACGCCUUCGUCUCCGACCAUAACCCUGGACGGGUCGAGGAAGCUGAUCACCUGUCAGCACUGCAACAUGACAGUACCAACCCUGGUCAUCAUGGAAUCUGGGUUCUUGACGCAUCUGCUCGCUUUCUUCAUAUUCCUCAUUGUGUUGCUGGUGUCAGAGAGCAUUGGCGUAGACACCCUUCUCUUCUUCGUAGAAUCUCUGACACCACGGUUGGUGAGGUCGGUCAUUGACCUUAUAACCCACACAAGAAAAAGAAGGUUGCUUACGUACAUCUUCCCCCUGGCCAUACUGGUGUACUGCUUCGACUGUUGCAAGUAUAAGAACCACUACUGUCCUUCGUGUAACAAGAGGGUGGGCUACGAAAGCCCGCUGAUCUGUGGCUCCGAGAUGUCCUACGUCAGUUGAAGUGAGAAAGAGACGGGAGAUUGAAAUCUUGUAUAAGAGCGACAAGGACCUCAUGCCUCGUGCACAUAAACGGAAAACGUCAUUUUGACAGUUGUUAUCAGGGAUGUUAGGGAGCUCUGUAACCGUAACCGAA